GUGUUAAAGCAGCAAUUUAAUAGAUUUUAUAGUAAAAAGAUUAUAAACUUUAUGAGAGUUAUGAACCAUGGGAAAAAGCAUUUCAUGAUUGACCGUAGAGAAGUUUCGAUAUUUGAAGUAUUUAUAACAAGAUCUUAAUAUUGUAACUUAUAUGCUUGUUUUAAUGCUGUAUAUUGGAAAGUAUUUUUUCUGGCGAAGUCUGAAAGCACCUUAAGUUGUGGAAGAUUCAGCGUGAGCAUGAAAGCAAAAAAAUAAAAUAGCGGAUCCAAAGUUUGUUUAUAAAUGAAGUGACUGAAUUUUAAAUGAUAAAAUCCAUCAAAUGUUACAAACCCAUUUCAAACCUUAGGCGUUUAUAUGGUAAUGAAAAAAUAUGUAAUAUGAAGUAUUUAAAUGUCGCUGAGAAGAACGAUGCUGCAAAAACAAUUGCCGGCCUUCUUUCGAAUGGUACCGCAGUCAGACGAGAAGGAUAUUCUGUUUAUAACAAAAUUUAUGAGUUCAGUGCAGAAGUGAAUGGGCGAAACAGUAAAAUGGUAAUGACAUCAGUCUCCGGCCAUCUACUUCAAUUGUCUUUUGUUGGAGCAUAUCGACGAUGGGAUGAAGUUGAUCCUCAGGCAUUGUUCAAUGCACCAGUAAAGAAAGUAUGUCCAGAUGAUUACCAACCAAUUAAACGUACACUGGAAAGAGAAAUACGGAGUUGUGGUGGACUUAUCGUAUGGACAGAUUGCGAUAGAGAGGGUGAAAAUAUUGGUUAUGAAAUAAUAGAUGUGUGUCUUAAAGUUAAACCUAACAUAAAGGUUUGGCGAGCUAUUUUUUCUGAGAUCACAAAGUCAUCCGUUCGCCGAGCGCUUAAUCAAUUAAAAGAACCAGACAAGAGAUUAAAUGAUGCAGUAGAUGUUCGCACGGAGCUUGACCUUCGAACGGGUGCCGCAAUAACAAGAUUCCAAACCUUGAGACUGCAGCGUUUAUUUCCUGCAAAAAUUGCUGACAAGUUGAUUUCCUAUGGAAGUUGUCAGAUACCAACUUUAGGUUUUGUCGCUGAAAGGUACAAAGAUAUUGAAGCAUUUGUGUCGGAGCCAUUUUGGAAAUUGAAAGUUUCACACACUAUUGACGAUCUGACGGUAGACUUCCUUUGGGCGCGUAACAGACUAUUUGAUAAAGCUGCUUGUGAAGAUUAUCUUUUGCUUUGCUUAGCAGAUCCCAAAGCGAAAGUCCAAGAAGUUACAACAAAAAGUAAGCGUAAAUGGCGUCCAACACCUUUAGAUACUGUAGAAAUGGAAAAACUCGGAUCUCGUAAACUUAAAAUUUCUGCUAAAGAAGUUAUGACUAUUGCUGAGAAACUAUACUCCAAAGGUAUUAUAAGUUAUCCUCGCACCGAAACUAAUCAAUUUUCAAAGGAUAUUGAUUUGCAUUCCAUAAUAGAACGGUUUUUGCCACAUCCGGAUUGGGGAUCAUUCACACAACGGAUACUAGAAUGGGGUCCAAAUCCAAGAAACGGAAAUAAAAGCGAUCAGGCCCAUCCUCCUAUUCAUCCUAUAAAAUUAGUAACAGAUCUGCAAGGGAAUGACGCUCGUGUAUAUGAAUUGAUAUGUCGUCACUUCCUUGCUUGCGUUAGCAAGGACGCAGUUGGCUCUGAAACUGUAGUUAAUAUUGAUAUAGCUGGAGAAAAAUUUACAGCUACUGGAUUGUGUAUUCAUGAACGAAACUAUUUGGACAUUUAUAUAUAUGAAAAAUGGAAUGCAAAACAAAUACACAAAUACGAGCAAGGACAAUUAUUUGACCCUACGGAAAUUACAAUGCAAGAAGGAGCGACUACAGCUCCACCCCUUUUGACAGAGGCUGAUUUGAUUGCCUUAAUGGAAAAACAUGGCAUUGGGACUGAUGCAACCCAUGCUGAGCACAUAAAUACAAUCAAAGAAAGAGGAUACAUUGGUGUGGUUGACAAAGGUGGCCUAGUACCAGGUAUUAUAGGAAUGGGUCUCUAUGAAGGCUAUGAUGCAAUGGAUUUGCAAUUAGCCAAACCCAAAUUGAGGGCAGAGUUCGAGUCAGAUUUGAAAGAUAUUUGCUCCGGGAAAAAAGAUCCAAAAGCAGUCUUGAAAGAACAAAUUCAAAAGUAUUUAGAUGCAUACAAGCAAAUAACGGAAAAGGUUGCCGCUAUGGAUAAUAAGAUGGCAUUGCGGAUUAAUGAAACUCUCAUUGUCAACGAGCCCGAUCGAAAUAUUAAUACGCAGAAUGGGAUCAUGAAUAGUUCUACAGUAACAGAGUUGUUUCUGUGUCCAAAAUGUUCCGUAGCCCCGUUAGCUUUACGACAGAAAAAGAAUCAAAAUCAGUUUUACAUAGGAUGUAUGAACUUUCCCGAUUGCAAGAACGCCAUUUGGCUAUCAGAUGAAUGCCUAGAGCCAAGUGUUUUAUCGGAAACGUGUCAAACUUGCGGUCCUAAUAUAAAAAUGCUGAAAUUAAAAUUUAACUCAAUUCACCUCAAAAAUUAUUUCAAUACUCCAUCUGGUUGGUAUAAAACCUGUUUACGUUGUGACAAACUGUUUCGAGACUAUUUCAAUAUUAAUUUGGAUCAAGUGAAAACAGUUGGUGGAAUUGUUGAAGUUGAUAAUGGUAGUAUUACAUCUGUCGAUGUAGGCUCAAUUGUCAGUGCUCGAAGUGCUAGUUCUAGCAAUGCCAGCAGAAGUUCAGAAAGUUCAAACGCGGGUGCAUACAAUAGGAGUACAUCUGGUACUGGAAAUACUUCUAAAACACGAAAUGCGACUAAAACAAAAGCAGAACCUAAAACAAAUACACUGAGCAAAACAAAUAAAGCAAAUGGUACAAAUCAAACCAUUCGCAACUUUUUUACUACCGCAACAACCGAACAACUAGCUCAUACACAAGUCGUAAAUUCUGUCAUUACUGAUGAAGUUUUAGAUGAUUUUCUCAAUGUUGAUGAUGAUUUCGAUGCAAUUAUUUCCACAGUUGAUUUGCCAAGAGAAAAUUUACAAAAUACUAACAGUCUUUCCCAAAUGCCAAGCACUUCAACUACUCCGCAGAACAACAGAGACACCUCAUUCAACCAAGUAGAUAAUACGGCUUCGACAGGCAACGAAUUUAAUUUUGACGAUAGUUUUCCUGAUUUAGAAGACUUUGUUUGGGGUACUGCCGAGCAUAAUAAAAGGAAAUCACUCAAUCCAAUUAACCAAUAUUCCCAAAAUAGCAAAUUGGAAAGUAGUACACAACUUCAGGGAGCUGGUCAAGGCAUCGAUAUAGAAAAUAAUCUUGCCAUAAGUGUUAAAUGCUCUGGCUGUCAUCAGCUUGCUAAACGCUGCACAGUUGUAAAGGAAGGACCAAACAAGGGCAGGCCUUUUUAUGUUUGUGCCAAGAAGAAACCGUGUAAAUACUUUCAAUGGGCUGACGAGACUUCAGUAACGAAUUCGAGUCCUGCAUCAACAAACAUAUCACCGAUUAGUCACGCUCGUAUAAAUGGCCAGCAAGCAACGACUUUUAGAAAUGAUUCGAUACCGAGUUUUCAUUCGCAAACGGAAGAUGUCAAAUGCAAUUGUGGAAUUGCAGCCAGCUCGUUAAUUGUGCGAAAAGAGGGUCCUAACAAGUCUCGUCCAUUUUUUACAUGCUCAAAUCGGGAUGCUUCGUGUGGUUUUUUUAAAUGGAAAGAUGAUGAUCCAGAAGAGCAUGGUGCCGCAACAAGUAGCAAUAAAAAUGAUGGGACUUGGGGAAGCAAGCGUCGUAAUGAAUCUUCUAAUGAAGUUUCGAAAAAGCGUAAAUGUAGAUUAUGCCGACAAGAGGGCCACACUCGCGUGAAAUGCCCGAGAAAAUCUGAAUUCGAUCUUUAAGUUAUAAAAAAUAUAGAAACUAUUUUGUUACUUCUGUUGUUAAUAAACUUUUUUGGUACAUAAAUAUA